AUGACAUCCAUCCUGGACCCUAGGCAGCCCAUCGAGCCCCUCCAGCGGGCGAUGAUGGUAGCCAAGGACAGUACACUGGCCACAGCCAUGCUGAACGUCUUUGGUGGCUACAUCAUGGGCUUCGGCUUCUCGCUCUUCGGCUCCAUGAUCUCGGCCGAGACAAGCACGCAGGCGAUGGGGACGGCAGACUUCUUCCGCCACAGCCUGCGCAGCGCUCACCGCCUCGGCGGCAGCUUCGCCUUCUUCGGCUUCUUGUUCGGCGGCAUUGAGAUCGCGUUAGAGAAGCGCCGCGGCCGCAAGGACCAAUGGAAUCCAACGAUUGCCGGCGCCAUCAUUGGUGGCGGGUAUGGGUGGCGCUCGUACAAGCACCCCGGUCUGGCGGCCGGCAUCGUGGGCGGCGCGGCCUUCUCUCUCGUGUUCGAGAAGAUGUUGGAUGCCAUGGGCAUGGCCCAGCACUAA